AUGAUCAUAAUCAGCCGAGUACUGAAGGGAUGGCGGAUUGGCUGUACACUGGAGGAUUACAAGAUUGAACCUGCUGAAAUGUUGUCUUUGAAGCCGGGCGCUACACUUGUCCAAAAGUAUAAAAAUUUAUACCAAUUAUGCUUGGACAAGUGUACAGCAUAUACCAAAUUGAGAUGGGUGGCAGAGCUAAGCUUGGUGUUGUUGUUUAUAAAAUUUAUUAAUCGUGUCGUGAAUGUUUCAUUUGACUUCGAUGUUUAUGCCGCAUUUUCUAUGUAUGUGCUGUUUCCUUCAUCCCGAUUUGUUGCACAUAAACUUGAUGUUUACUUACAACAAGAUGAAGGGAAGCUGGACGUCGGCGAUAAACCUGAUGAUCUCCAUUCAUUCACGAAGAGGCCAGCUGAGUUCAGAUUAUGGUACUAUUGUAUCAGAACCACUGCAUUUUACAUAUUUUGGGGGUUACUCAUAUAUCCAAUUGUACCAUUGCUCCCGACUUUUGAUUUAUACUUUCAUGGCAUGUCUUGCUUUGCGUAUAUGUUCAAGGUAUUUGUGCAAAGUUAUACCAAUACAUACCAUAAUUACCUGCACAUAUGCAAGCGACAUACAAUAGUAAGGUGGAUAGCGGAGGCAGCCUUGAUGGUUUUGGUUACAUUUUGCUAUGCUUUUGAGAUGUCCAAGGUCGAUGUAUUCUUUAUUUACUACACUCUUGGAAUAUCAAUGAUAAAUUCGUUCAAUAACUACUUAAGAGAUGUACGCGUCAUGUCUUUACAACAAGCCAAAGACAACAGUGACUUGGAAGCUAAUGAUUCGAAUGCGGAGUUCCGUCCAUACUUAAAGCGUCCACCUGAGUUAGUACUGUGGUGUAAAUGUGUAAAGUACACUGUUAUUACUGCGCUUACACGAUUGCUUAUAUUCUUGGAAUUGUUCAACCCUGACGUAACCGUCCUAUUUCUUUACAACCUCUACUGGACUGCGAUAUGUGUGAUAGAAAUUAUCCUGAUUAUGAUCCGUCAAGCAAAAUACUAG